UUGAAAUCUGGCCUGAGCGAUUUCAGUUGCGAACGUUAUUUCAGCGGACUUAGUGCGCACACGAAAUUUUGUGUAAUUUAAUUAAGUACUUACAACAACCAUGCAUAUAUUAUCGCCGUUUUGCUUAUGUGCUAGCACGCUCUUCUGUCUCAUCGCACUCAGUAGGCCCAUUGUUGCAUUACGUCUCACUACGCCGGCUACAACAACAUCGUCAUCAACUAGUGAGACUGCUGCCGUUGCGACGAGUACGCGCCAUCCACCGAUUUACAUCAACAACAAACUACCAACCGUUGAUGUCAGCUGCAUGGUGCACUACAAGUGUAUGGCGAAGUUGAAAGGCGCUACAGUCGCACCAAAGCCCUGUGUCAAAUAUUGCGUGAAGACUAUUGAAUGUCCGAAUGCACCGAAGAUUCGUGGAGCUGCCAAUCAAUGCGUUGAACUGGACGAGACUGCGGUACGCAAGCAGUAUGAGAAGGAAGUCNUCCAGUUGGUUGGUGGCGGUAGCAACAACAACAACAACAACAACAGCAAUAAUGCCACCAUGAAUUACUCUGUCAGUGCUAACGACUUGCGUAAAGUCUGUCUUCCGGCAUUGCAGGCACUCCGGCACUGCAAUAUGCGCUCUGCUGACUUUGUCGCUGGCUGA